ACUAUACCACCAUUCACUAAAUAUUAGUUUUUGUGGACGCACAGAUAGUUUUAGAAUAUAGUAACAAGUCCAAUAUCACCAUUAUCUCCCAUCUCUCAUCAGCCAUCAGCCAUCGUUGUUUCUUUCUCUAUUUUCUACUUUUACAUCUUUUUCUUUACUCUCUUGCUCACAACCGGUCUCAGAGAGUAAAAAAAACCAUGGAUGGGGCGCUCAACGCCAUUCACAUUGUCAGGCUGUCCUACAGCUGGCUGUCCUCGCUGACCUGGUACGUGCCCUUGGACACACCCCUCUCACACAGGAGCAGCAGCUACGCCAGCAGCAGCUUUGCCUCUGAUCCGGACGACAAGGACCAGUUGUCCUGGGCCAACGUAGGCGUAGCAGCGUUACUCUUGGGCAUCAACGUGGCUCUGUCCACAUGGCUUGGGCUGGGCCUGAGCCGCAAUCUCGUCGUAUCCGCCACACGCUGCGUUGUGCAACUGACGCUUCUGGGCAUGGUGCUCAAGCAGAUUUUCCUGACUGAGAACCCAGUGUAUAUACUGGGCAUGGCGCUUGUGCUGGGCACACUCUCCGCCGUCGAAGUGACCUUUUGGCGGGCCAAGCGGCGGUUCCCAGGCAUGUUCCUUGGCACACUGCUCUCGAUCCUCGGUAGCGCGCUCAGCGUCGGGCUCUUCGGCAACGCAUAUGCACUGGGCAUGGAUCCAGCAUACACCGCGGUCAAGUUCAUACCGACCAUCGGCAUGCUUUUCGGCAACUGCAUGAUCGGCGUCACCAUCGGGAUGAACUCUGUCAUGGACUCGCUGGACGCCCACCGCGACAUUACCGAGCUGAUGCUCUGCUACGGCGCGUCGCGCUGGGAGGUGAUGCGGCCGAUUGUGGUCAAAGCCAUGCGCUCCUCCCUGCUGCCGACCAUAACCAACAUGGGCAUCACCGGAUUAAUCUCUAUUCCCGGAGUCAUGACUGGGUGGAUCCUCGGCGGUGCCGACGUGCUGCAGGCCGCCAGGUACAGCAGAUCAUUCUCUUCAUGAUCUCCGCCUCCGCCGCCAGCAGCUCCCUACUUUCCACCAUCUUCUGCGCCUCAGUCCUCAUUGACCGCACACCACGCUUACGCCUAGACCGUCUGUCUUCCUCCGACUCGUUCUCCUCCGGCUCUGCC